AUGGAAGGUCUCAAACCAGCAGUCAGAGUGGCUGUGGGCAUUCAGCAACCUCCUGAUUUAGAGAUGGCCUAUCAAUUGGCGCUGCUACAUGAAGAGCUGGGGACUAUUAGUCCAUCCACCAUGAUCAACUCCCAGAAUGCCCGUCGUGCAAGUGCUCUUCCACUCCCUCCUCCACCCACCAGUUCUGCUGUGCAAUCUUCUGUACAGAAAGGUCAUGAAGAAAGGAGACCUAUCGACAGUUACAGACGUACUGUUUCAGAGGAUAAAUGGGGAGCUCUGAGAACAUUUCGUAAGGCAAAGGGUCUUUGCUUCAUUUGUGGUGAGCGCUGGGGCAAGGAUCACAUAUGCAAGAAAGAAGUUCAGCUCCACAUGGUGCAAGAAAUGGUUGAGUUCUUACAAAAUUCAGACGUCAAUGACUCUGUUGCGAGUGAAAUUCAGUCUGAAGUACACAUGAUGUCAGUUUCUGCUGCUGCCUUGGGGAAAACAACUUCUAAACCAGCUAAAACCAUGCAAUUAAGAGUUCAGUUGCAAGGGCUUAAUCUGAUUUUUCUUGUGGAUUCUGGUAGUUCACAUUCAUUCUUGGAUGUUUUCUUGUCUGACAAGAUACAUGGGGUGUCACCGAUGGUCAAAGCAUUAGUUAAAAUUGCAAAUGGAGAUAUGGUGCCUUGUGCAUCUCAACUGCUUGAUGGUGUUUGGUCUUGUGAUGGACAUAAGUUUCUCACUUCUUUCAAAUUUUUUCCAUUGGGCAGUUAUGAUGGCAUUGUGGGCAUGGAUUGGCUAUCUGCACACAGUCCAAUGUGGGUGGAUUGGGAUCAUCACUGGUUAUCUUUUGUUCAUAAUGGUUCUGAAAUUACACUCCUGGGCACUGUUGCGUUACUACCUGAGAUCACAAUGAUAGAAGUUUGUUCUUUACUGACAACUCCAGAUUUACCUAUUCCUCCAGAAGUACAGUUGAUACUAGAUGAAUAUAAACAUGUGUUUGAGCCCCCUACUGGCCUCCCCCCCAGAUGA